UUUGCGAUGAGCUCCGCUGGAAACAGCGCAUCGGCCCUCGGCCGAGGAUCACACCCACCGUCAACUACUGAUUCCGGUAAUUAUAAAAUCGUUCUCCCUCGUCUGCCGACCGGCAACACCGUUCUCAAUUCAGUUUUCCUGCAUGCUGACCUGGCAGGGCGGCCGUAUCGGGCCCCGGACUUUCGCGAUGCUCUCCUUUCAGUGCUAAAUGCAACUGAUAUCCUCGGCGCUGGACAAUACCAGAUGAGCCAUUUGUGGUUAGUCACAUGUGUUAGCAGCAUCGCGAAACAGAAACUUGUCGACAAAGGCGAGUUGCUGGUGAAAGGCCUCAAGUGCCUGGUCAUAGACCCGGAAUGCAAAAAUAUCAAGAUGAAGCUUCUUUGGCUUCCCCCACACCUCGAACAGAGGCGGAUUGUUGAAGCGCUAGAGCCAUAUGGCACAGUGCAGUCCAUCACGAGAGAGAUGUGGCGGUGUGACGGCAUGGAGGGCUGGCAAAUGACCAACCGAGACGUGGCGUUCACAUUGAAAGAUGGGGUUUCUGCCAGCAAUCUGCCACAUCUAUUGAGCAUAUAUGGCCACCAGUGCCUUAUCUUGAUUCCUGGCCGACCACCACUUUGCCUCCGGUGCAACAGAGUUGGGCAUAUCCGGCGACACUGUAGAACACCGCGCUGCAGUAACUGUCACCGCUAUGGUCACCCUGCAGAUGCAUGCAUCGGAACCUACGCUGACAAACUUCGUGGAAAUAGACCAGCCGAGGAUGAUGCCAUCACCGAUCAUCUAAUGGACGUGAGCGAAGUUGUGGACGCAACUGGCGAAACACUCCCUGACACUCAUCGACCAGAACAGGUUAAGCCGUCAUCGGCUGACAUUAGCCUUAGCCAGAAGCCUGCGAGCGAGGAUGAGACUAAGGCACCUGACGAUGAACCAACUGUGUCUUGGGCAGACUCUCCACCAGUUCAAGAUCGCCCACCGUCAGUGGAAUGUGGAUCGAUGUGCGAGGCCGCCAAGAAGCGUCCAGCGCCAUCCGACAAUCCAUCGCCCUCGGCAAAGGAGGCUCGUGUUCCCAAGGUGUCAAAGUUGACAAAACCACUCCGGGGAACACCUACACCUGCUGAUGUCCCUUGUGUUAACGUGCACCAAAAAGUCCCUAGUGCAUCACCUCAUCAAGAAAGGAGUGGUGCACCUCUGGAGCAGCGUUUAGACGCUGCGCCUACAUAGGUAAUCAUGGCGGGCGCUCUUCCCUUCCAUUUUGGCACUUUAAAUGUCCGUGGCUUACGAAGUAAGCGACGGCAAGUACAGCUUCUUCAUUUAUUACGCAAUAGAAAAUUAGAUAUUGCUGCUAUCCAAGAAACAAAGAUUGAAUCCGACGAAAACACAGAAAUAGCUCUAUCUCCAUUCAUAUCUGACUAUAAUGUUUGUGUCAGCCAUGCAGUAGGCGUUUCCGCAGGCUGUAUGUUAUUUGUUAGCAAACAUUUACAAUGUGAUUUGCUACAUUUGUUUACAGAUAGGGAAGGGCGCCUAAUCUGCUGCGAUAUUGAUAUCAGUGGCACGAGCUUUAGAUUUGUGUGUGUUUAUGCCCCGAACAAGUUACGUGAGCGCGAGUGUUUCUUCUUAUCUCUAGAACAUCAUUUCUGUACUGAUCGUGCAUUGGUCUUGUUUGGUGACUUUAAUUGUGUAUGUAAUGCGCAAGAUCGUACGUCACUGAAGCUGAGACAUGACCCAAGUAGUGAUGCGUUGCAACGCCUGAUAUGUGAUUAUCAGCUUGUGGACAUUGGGGAAAAUGAAAAGGCGGGAUGUCGAUAUACGCACUUCCAGGGUACCUCGCAUGCAAGGCUUGACAGAAUUUACGUUUCAGUUAGCGCGCUACCUCUUAUUCAUGGUUACACUGUGCAUCCUAUAUUCUUUAGUGACCAUUGCCUAGUCUCAGCAUCUUUUGGCAGCCGUCGGUACCAAAGUCGGCGUAUGUGCUGGGAGCUGUGGAAGUUUAAUAACCAGUUACUUUCGCGUGAGUGUUUCUUAAAUCGCAUCACUGACCUUAUAGCUCAUGUGUCUUGCCGCAAGGACUUGCCACUCUUUGCUUUGUGGGAAUUAUUCAAACAGGAAGCUAAAAUGAUAGCUAUCGAAGAAUCAUCAAUAUUAGCGUUUGAAAAAAAGAAUAAUUACAAAGCAUUGUAUAGACUUUUGAGUGAAUUGCAUGAGCUUGAAUGCAUACAUCCGGGUCAAUAUAUAGAUGAUAUUCAUAAGGUCAAGGCACAGUUACAAACUUUGAACGCAGAAAAAUACAGAGGUGCACUAGUGCGGGCGCGAGAGCAGCGUUUCCUGGAAGAACAGCCUUGCAGUAGGGCCCUUGGUGAUGAGCGCCGACACGCGCUGUCUAAACAAAUAUUAGAGAUAGAGUAUGGUGGAGUCAUUGUUAACGAGCCUACUCUAAUAACUAAAGCAUUUUUUGAACAUUAUCAAAAACUAUUCCGAGACCAUAUGCCAUUGGAUACAGAUGCUGCCAAAAAAAUUGUAUCGUUGCUGCCCCAGUUAAAUCAGGAUGAGUGCGAUUAUACAAACGAAACCAUUGAUAUCAAUGAGGUAACUUCAUGCAUCGAUUCGUUAGCGAAGGGCAAGACGCCCGGCCCCGAUGGCCUUACUGCCGAAUUUUAUCAGUGUUUUCGUUCCCUCUUAACACCAUUAUUACUUCAGGUGUACCGUGAGGCCUUGGAAGUAGGGUACCUAACCGCCACAAUGUACGAAGGACACACCGUCCUUAUAGCCAAAAGCGAUGAUGAGUCUAAAUUGCAAAAAGUUGACGGAUAUCGGCCUAUCUCCUUAUGCAACGUUGAUUAUAAAAUUUUUGCUAAGGUAUUAGCUAACCGUUUGCAAGUUGUAAUAAGAUCUGUGGUCGGUGAUCAUCAGACAUGUGGCAUCAGGGGCCGGUCCAUCCAGACGAACAUUCAUGUUGCGAGAUCGGUGCUAGAGUGUGUAGCUGAGGGGAUUGGACAGGUGGCAAUGGUACAGCUAGAUCUGGCUAAGGCGUUCGACAGGGUAAAUCACUCAUUCCUGUUUACUUUACUAGAGCAUAUAAAUAUCGGAUCUCUGCUCCUUAGAGGUGUCCGGAUAUGUUAUGCUAAUGGCUCAACGCGGCUUAUAGUGAAUGGCUCUCUCUCCGAUCCGAUUAGGCUUCUAUCAUCAGUACGACAAGGAUGCCCCUUGUCACCGCUUCUGUUCUGCUUGUAUUUAGAGCCACUUUGUAUGGGCAUUCUUAAAGAACAAAAUUUCCAAGGGUUUAAAUUACUGACUAAUGAGGUUCGGGUUCUUGCGUAUGCAGACGACGUGGCCUUUUUCUGUACCGAUAAAAAGAGUGUAAACACUGCUCUUGCAAUUACAGAAGAAUUUUGUGCUGCUUCUGGUGCAAGCGUUAACUUUGAAAAAAGUUCAGGUUUUUGGUUUGGGUUAUGGGCCACAAUGCCAUCACAUUACGCAGGAAUCCAAUGGAAAGAAGAUCUGCGUUAUUUAGGUGUGCCUCUCUCGCAGUAUAGAAAUAGCAACCCUCAUUGGUCGGGAGAAGUUGGCAAAACUCAACGUAAAGUGAAUUCAUGGCGGGGGCGGAAUUUGUCAGUGUUCUUUCGUGCUGAAGUAUGUAAUGUUUUCUUAGCUUCCCGUCUUAUGUAUGUGCUCCAAGUACUGCACUGCUCAAGACUUCGCCUUCAGGCACUGCAUCGCGUAUUUGCAACAUUCAUUUGGAGUUCGAGCUGUGAAUGGAUGCGGCGCGACAAUCUGUUUCUCCCCCUUGAACGUGGUGGUCUAGGAUUAGUACACCUCUUCGUCAGGCAAAUUGUUUCUCGCCUGUUUUUCUUUCGAGACAGUGACCAUCCGUUCUUGCGUGAAAUGUUGCAACUGCGUUUAGUUCAUUAUGUUCCUAACAUAGUAGUGUCAUCAAAUGUCAAAGAUGUCCCACAGGCUCCUUGGGGCUUUCUCAAGGAGGUUGUUGACACAUUUCUUUUCUUGAAAGUUAGAUACAGCCUGGAGUACGUGUUCACAGCGAGUCGAAAAGCAAUUUCUGCGGCACUGGUUGACUCUAUUUUCCCAGAUCCUUUGUAUCGUGCACCUUAUUUAAACCGACCUUAUCAGGAUGUACUUAAACGCGUCCGAAAAAUGUGUGUGCCUCCUGGAGUAAAAACAUUUUUCUUUAAAUUACAUUCGGAAACACUCCCUGUUAAAACUUGGUUGAAUUCGAGGGGUUGCUUUGUGCCGUGGUCAACAAACUGUCGGCUCUGUCCACGUGCCGAAACCAUAGAUCACUGUUUUAUAGACUGUAGGGACGCUGUAUUUUUUUGGGAUAUUCUCCAAAGGACGCUUAAAAAGGACAUUGACAUGACUCCAUACUCAAUUAGGUUUCUACCGUUUAAGGUUACAGGUGGUCCUCCCUAUGACAUGUUCAUUGUGCUUGGUUUAUAUAGCCUGUGGAGAAGCAGACUCUGUGAUCGCCAUGCCGAAAGCCCGCGAACUACAAAAUCCUUCUUUCGCGAAAGUGCUGCGUAUGUAAGAAGUGUGUACGCUGUGCAGGAACCUCCGCCAGACUGGAUGCACUUGUUGGAUGCAUGUGUGUGUUUGCCUGAGUUUUAGGUGUGUAGUUGUGUCCACUCAGUAAUACACCUUCAGUUUUCUUUUCCAUGUAAUAAAGAAAAAAAAAAUUCUGGCGUGGCGUACUGGUAAAGUACAGGGCUUAGGAUUUGCAGGUCCGGCGUUCGAAUCCUGGUCGGAGCUUUUUUUUUUUAUUGCGCCA